AUGCCAGAUAACGAGGCUAUCAAACAGGCCUGCGAUGCAUGCCGGCGCCGGAAAAUCCGCUGCAACGAUACUCGGCCAUGCAACGCAUGUCAAUCGGCGGACCUGGUCUGUCGGACAUCACUCAAACGUCAGAAAAAAGGGCGACAGGGCAAAACGGCCAAUAUACUACAGGAACUCAAGGGAAAAGAAAGACAAAUUGAAGAAACCAACGCAAAUUCUCUUCAAACAACCUCUCCUGGGCUCAUCACCGCCCCCGACCGCCCGCCUCCACCAAAGCGAACCGACAGAUGUCAAUUUUCCCGAACUCCGGGUCUUGUCCACCAGAAACUUGUACAAUCAUGCUCUGAGUACUUCUUCUCGAGAAUGCGCGGGACAGUACCUAUCCUGGAACCUGUAUGUCUACAGAAACAGAUCGACCGGGCAGACGAAUGUCUCCAUGCUUACUGCUUGGUCACUGCAUUCUGCGCUUUCGUGGUUACGCAGACGGGUUACUGCGUCAGUGCUGCAUUUCAAAACUCUGAUAAUACCGCUUCGCAGAAACAGAUACAAGACGCGUUGGUGGAAGAGGCCGUCGAUGCUCGGAAACAUCUCGAUCCGUUCAUGGAGCCUGUCAGACAGAGCAUUAUAAUUGCGUUUCUUCUUUAUGGAUGCCACAUCGGCCUCGGCAAUCAACGGCAUGCUUAUUACUUUUUACGAGAAGCGACGACCUUAUAUACGGCCAGUGCUCUCGACAAUCAAGGCUCGACUCAACCCGAUGAGGAUGAAUCGGGGGCAGGAAAUUUAUUCUGGUUACUAUUGGUUUCGGAGAGAGCCCAUGCCAUCCGGCGGCAUCGACCCAUCACCCUCCGAAUAACUUCCGAAACUCCCGAGCCAGAUACUCACCCGCAAGAUACAGCGUCGAUUGGAUUCCGCUGUCUGGUAAACCUCUACCGGCCAUUCAAUGAACAAUUCCUCAGUCAAUGGAAUGGAAACCACACGACAUGCUCUAUGGGAUCACUAGUCGAGCUCGAAGAACAGAUACAAAAUGCCGUCCCGGCGGAUAUCGAACUUCCAGAUGUGCUCAUGGCCGAUUUGCGCGUAUCGCAGCAAUGGCUUCGAAUCAUGAUUUGGCAACUUUCGACAUCGGCGGGAUUUCUAUCUACCAGUCCGACACACGUGUGUAUGGAUUUUAGGUAUCCGCUAUUGAUCGCGAGGGAUUUGUGUCUUGCAACGUGGAAGUUGUCAAGACAGGGUAUGCAGACGCACGGGGUGGGGCUGAUUGAGAAGAUUUUCGAGGUCACAUGCACCUUGAUUGACAUUAUGGCCUGUCUCUCCGCUGCGGGUCUACGAUCCUCGGGUUUCAAACUCGGACCGCAAGAUUACCUCAAACAUUUCUUUACGCUUAUCCAUGACCUGCCUGGGGGGAGGGUCCGAUUUCUGCCUUUGCUGCUGACGAAGAUUGGUCAGAGUCUCCCGAUGAUGGUCGAGCCGAUUACCAUGCAUCUCAACCUCAACCCCAAUGGGCAUACAGCAGGUCCUGAUGACUUGGUUCUCGCGCCGGCGGGUUCUCCCGGCAAUGAACUUGCGGCCGGACAGGAUUCAUCCGACAUGAUGCCAGAGUCAUUCUCUGAUGACUGGUCCUACAGCAAUUUCAACUACGCGGAGAUGAGCCGAAUUGGAGAUAAGACUCCGGAAGUGGACGAGGCAUUUUUACAGUAUUCCGGCUAUUUUCCGUGA